UUGGAGAGGGAGCGGAACUGUGGGGCGGGCAGGCGGAGCAGAGGCAGCAGUCGGCAGCGCAAGUGUGAGACAGACAGACGGAGAGGAACAAAAAGAGAGAGCAGUGACAACCAUGCAAUCUGGAAUCGGUAUUCACCAACGGGUCAUUGAAGAGUUUGAAACGAUGAAGAUUCGGAAGGCAGGACUUGUCAGGAGGAAGUUGCUGCGUCUGAACUUGAGCAAGGAUGAGAAAUGCCUGGUUGUGGAUGAGGACUAUGUGACACAGCAGCAAACCUACAGGGAUGGGUACCAGCAGUUACUGAGUCACUUAAAACCUGACACUUGCUGCAUUUUAAUUUUUGAUCUCUGUUAUGACACCAAGGAUUAUCUCUCCAAGGAUGAUCUGGUCCUAAUACUGUGGUGCCCGGAUGGUGCAAGUACCAAAAAAAAGAUGCAGUUCUCAACAGGGAAGACGGCAGUGAAGGACAAGCUAAAAGGCUUCAAGCUUGACCUGGAGGUCAACUCCUUGGAUGAAAUAGAACUGAGCAUCCUCGCUGAUAAGCUGGGUGGCAGCAAUGUUGUGAAGAUAGAAGGAGUACCAGUGUGAAGCUGUAGCCCGCAACACAGCUGAGAGCUUCCUUACAUUAAAGUAUCAUGUCUUUAUAAAUAUAGUCCCAAAGUUGUUUCAAUCUCUUUCUGAUUCUUCAAUAUUCUAUGCCAUUGCUUUGUAAUGUUUUUGAGUAAAAAAUGAAAUUCCUUAUCUGAAACAGGCUUCUUUUAGAACAGUGUCUGGUUUCUUUAAUAUGCAGUGUCUCCUGCUUUUAAUGACUUCACGUCUUUGGAGAGUAUCUGCCAACGUUUCUGAAUCUCAAUCAGUUUCUGGAUGAAAUGCAAAUUUAACAGUUGUGACAGCUCCAAAUACAGAAUCAAAACGAUGGCAGAGUUCCAGGUUCACCUGCAGUUUGAGCUGUCUGUUUCUAUAUUUUCAUACUUGAACUUUCCAUCCUAUUUAAUCUAGCUUUCUUAUUAAAGGAUUUCUAAGAAUGCUUUGGCAAGGUUUUUGUUGUUGAUAAAUGAAACUACAGUCUGCAAAAAUAAAUAUUCAUU